CCGGAAGUUCUCAGUUAUUCUUGACUGCUUUGCAGCUACGAUAUGGUUUGCGAAAAUUAGCUAUUUGUCUAGCUAGCUAGAUAAAGAAGCAUUUUUUUUCGUGACUUGUGUUUGUAUAACGAUACAUUUUAAUGUAGAUUUAAUUAACUACCAUAUACGACUUAAUUAGUGCUCGUUAUAUUCAAAUAAUCGGUGUCCACAGGGCUGUUUUCCCGAAGAGUAGUUAGCAAUCUUACGUUGUUUAUAGUGCGAGAACGAGGGAGCAACUGAGACAUGGAAUGCAACGGUCGCAGAGUUAGCUACAGUAGCUAGCCAAUUUACUUGGUUUCCAAGCUUGGUAGCAGCAGACAUCUGCCAGGCUUUAAGAAAUUAGCAGAUUGGAAUUUUGAGGCCAGGGACUAGAAUUUGAAACAAAUUCGACUGGAAUCAGAUUCACGUAUCGUCGCCAUGGCUUGGGCUCUGAAGUUGCCGCUCACUGAUGAGGUGAUUGAGUCAGGUCUGGUCCAGGACUUUGAUGCCAGUCUCUCUGGCAUUGGACAGGAGCUUGGAGCUGGGGCAUACAGUAUGAGCGAUGUGCUGGCCCUACCCAUCUUUAAGCAGGAGGAGUCCAACCUGCCGCCUGACAGUGAGAACAAGAUUCUUCCUUUCCAGUAUGUUCUGUGUGCAGCGACCUCGCCUGCCAUCAAACUGCACGAUGAAACACUUACCUACCUCAACCAAGGACAGUCUUAUGAAAUUCGAAUGCUUGACAAUCGGAAAAUGGGUGAACUCCCAGAAAUCACUGGCAAAAUGGUGAAGAGCAUCAUCCGAGUGGUCUUCCAUGACCGGCGUCUUCAGUACACAGAGCACCAGCAGCUGGAGGGCUGGCGCUGGAACAGGCCUGGAGACCGCAUCCUCGACCUGGAUAUCCCCAUGUCAGUUGGCAUGGUCGACCCCAGGGCUAACCCUACUCAGCUUAACACGGUGGAGUUCCUGUGGGACCCAUCAAAAAGAACCUCUGUUUUUAUCCAGGUUCACUGCAUCAGCACAGAGUUCACCAUGCGGAAGCAUGGGGGAGAAAAGGGCGUGCCUUUUCGCAUUCAGAUCGACACUUUCAAAGAGAAUGAUGGCGAAGAGUAUACAGAGCACCAGCAUUCUGCCAGCUGUCAGGUCAAAGUCUUCAAGCCUAAAGGUGCAGACAGGAAGCAGAAGACGGACAGAGAGAAGAUGGAGAAGAGGGCGCCUCAGGAGAAGGAGAAAUACCAGCCAUCCUAUGAAACCACCAUCCUAACAGAGUGCUCUCCCUGGCCAGAGGUCACCUAUGUCAAUAACUCCCCAUCGCCUGGCUUCAACAGCACACACAACAGUUUUCCAGUGGCAGAGGGAAAUGGAUCCCCCGGUCACCAGCCAGAGCCAGUUGUUCAGGUGGCAGAUAUUGAAAGCUGUCUGACUGAUACGAUUUUGUCGUCCCAUCUGCUUACAAGAGACAGUGAAAGUGUCCAUCAGAACCUGUUACCUGCGGCAACACCACAGGAUGCUCAGCAGUGGCUACAUAGAAACCGCUUUUCACCGUUCUGUCGGCUCUUCACUAAUUUCUCAGGGGCAGAUCUGUUGAAGCUGACCAGGGAAGAUGUCAUUCAGAUUUGUGGGCCAGCAGAUGGUAUUAGGCUCUUCAACGCACUGAAAGGCCGAGUGGUACGUCCCAGGCUGACGGUGUAUGUGUGCCAGGAGUCCCAGCAGGCUCGGGAACAGCAGCAGAAACAUGAGAACGGAGACACAGCUAGCAGCACUUUCUUCGUGUACCACGCCAUCUACCUGGAGGACUUGACAGCAGUUGAGCUGACAGAGAAGAUCGCUCAGCUAUUCAACAUCUCACCCAGACAGAUCAGUCAGAUCUUUAAACAGGGACCCACUGGUAUACAUGUCCUGGUCAGUGACGAGAUGAUUCAAAACUUCCAGGAUGAAGUAUGUUUUGUUUUGGACACAAUGAAAGCCGAGACGAAUGACGGCUACCACAUCAUCCUGAAAUGAAGACUGUCUGGGGGAUUGCCUAACCCCUGCUCUGUCCUUUAGACUCAACCCUGCAAGCCCUUCUACAGGCUCUGCCCCUGAUAUUCCUGGACUGCUGAAGAUGACCUGUUCGAUUCUCUAGAGGCCCCUGCUAUGGGGAAUGUUUGACUGAAGUAGCUUGCCCAUCCUUGAUACCUUGUCUUAUUUUAAAGCAGUGACUGACUCUAUUUGAGCUGCCAUAUUGAAGCAACACGCUUCAGUUUCCUCCCUUGCUAGAAACCCUUUUAAAACGGUUGCAUUUUCGUUCUUCGCUGCUCAUGUGUUUGAAAAAGAGAAUGGACUGAAGAUACCCUGCCAGUAAUAUUGCAUCAUGAUGAGCAGCUGGUUUGCCAAAGUUCUAUGCUUCAGAAUCAAGGAGUUUGCUGUCACAUGAAACGGGAUCCACAACAAGAGAUACAGAGUUCUUAUACAUUGGUCUCCAUCUCCUACUGCUAGGCUGCCUGGCUUGACACCAAGGAACCAGUUUGAGUACCAUGGUCAUGGUUUUGUAACUAUGACACGGGAAAGAGAACCUUAACAGGAAUUGGUGUCAUAAUAGGUCAUGAAAGUGACACCAGCAGCCUAUGUCCUUUUCUCGUUUGGGCAAAAGUCUGUUCUCUCCUCUGACCUGGAAACUGAUAAGUGGUCGAGGACUGUGUCAAAUCUGUAGUAGGCAAACGGAAGAUAAUCCUCCCCUCAGUAGCCUCCUUUUGGCGAGGAAGCACAAGUGUAUUCUACCACAAAAGAGUUUUGAUAUUUACCACACCCCCUUUGACAAAUGUGUUUUGUGUUGUCAGAGGAGAAAAUCAUGCACACAUUUAAGAGAUAUGCUACUUAUCCUUUUUUCUAUAAAAUGUCUUGCACAACAUUUAUUUUGGGAUCCAUCCCUGUAAACGUAAUUUGCCUGAUGACGUGUGAGUGGAGAAGGAGCUUCUUAUUUCAAACAAGUAUUUUCAUCCACGUUCAAUCUCCUUGCCACCUCUCCUCGAUUCCCUUUUUCAAAGGAGGCAAGAGAGGAUGCAGGAGUUGAGAAAAUCUAAUUGAGAAAGGGCCCAUGAGAACCCCUCUCGGUCCUCUUCCAGUGAGUGCUGUGCUCCUGUGAAAGCCCACAGUCCUGUGUCCUCCUCUAUUACUUGUGAGAGAACAUCCGUGCAGCUUUUGAACACUGUCAAGACCGUGUCAGGAUACUGGUCUUUUCGUCAUGAUAUGGCCCUCACAUCCCUGAGCCGACUAGGUAAAAAAUGCUAAAUGACUCAAAUGUAUACAUUAAUCUGAUUGACACAGUCUUUCUUUGUUAGUGACACCACACAGUGGCAACACCAGCAACUUACCAGUCUCUGUCUUGCCUGCUAUCCCUACUUACAUCAUACUGUAUUUAUCACUUUACAGUCUCAUUACAAAGGUUUUGGACAAUUCUCAAACCUUUAUUUUAAGUAGACAAUUGUUUAAAAUAUAUGAAUCAAGUAUUUUAGCUGUUUUAUAACCUUUCUAACAGAUGUGUUCCUUCCUUGUUUAGAGAACCACUCUUUGCAUUGUUUUUGGAUAUUGCCACUAAUACAUAGCAGUGGGUUGUAUAGGGCUUGAUAAACCUGCACGUGUAAAGCUAGAGUUGGUUCCCAUUCAAUCAAGUUCAACUGAACGCUUCCAGAAUAUCGAUUGCGUGAUAUUUAGAUGUCCAGCUUUGCCCCUCGCUCAAGUCAUCAGAAUGAUUAAACUAGUUACCCAUU